AUGGUUUCAAAUACUACAUCUGGAAAUGUUUGCUCGGCGCCGAUGAAAUCGACGUCUAACGGUGUAUUUCAGGGAGAUAAUCCUCUUGAUUAUGCACUUCCCUUGGCUAUUUUACAGAUAUGCAUUGUUCUUCUCGUUACAAGGGGACUCGCUUAUCUUCUUAAGCCUUUAAGGCAACCGCGAGUUAUUGCAGAGAUUAUUGGAGGGAUACUACUUGGGCCAUCAGCACUUGGACGGAAUAAAAGCUAUCUGCAUGCGGUUUUCCCACCAAAGAGUCUUCCGGUAUUAGAUACUCUAGCAAACCUUGGCCUUAUAUUCUUUCUUUUUUUAGCAGGCAUAGAGUUAGAUCCUAAAUCUCUCCGGAAAACUGGAGGUCGAGUCCUUGCAAUUGCUGUGGCUGGAAUAAGCUUGCCUUUUGCACUAGGAGUUGGUUCAUCAUUUGUUCUGCGAGCGACAGUUGCCAAAGGUGUAAAUACUUCGGCGUUUCUUGUAUUUAUGGGUGUUGCUCUCUCUAUUACUGCAUUUCCUGUACUAGCUCGUAUUUUGGCUGAGUUAAAACUUCUAACCACUAGUGUCGGAAGAAUGGCUAUGUCGGCUGCAGCAAUUAAUGACGUAGCAGCCUGGAUUCUUCUUGCUCUGGCUGUUGCCUUAUCAGGCAGUAGCCAAUCUCCAUUUGUGCCGUUGUGGGUUUUCUUAUGUGGAUGUGUUUUUGUCAUUUGUUCUGUCCUCAUCGCCCUUCCAAUUUUCAAAUGGAUGGCCAAACAAUGCCAUGAAGGUGAGCCGGUUGAUGAGUUAUACAUAUGUGCUACAUUAGCCGCUGUUCUGGCUGCUGGGUUUGUCACAGAUGCUAUUGGAAUUCAUGCCAUGUUUGGCGCGUUUGUUUUUGGAAUUUUAGUUCCAAAAGAUGGACCUUUUGCCGGUGCUCUUGUGGAGAAAAUAGAGGAUCUUGUGUCUGGUCUAUUACUCCCACUCUAUUUUGUGUCAAGUGGAUUGAAGACUAACAUAGCCACCAUUCAGGGGCUGCAAUCAUGGGGUCUUCUAGUUUUCGUUACAUUCACGGCUUGUUUUGGGAAGAUCGUUGGGACUAUUAUUGCUUCUCUUUUAUGUAAAGUACCUUUUAACGAGGCUUUAGUUCUUGGGUUCUUGAUGAACAGUAAAGGCUUGGUUGAAUUAAUUGUCCUCAACAUUGGUAAAGAUAGAAAGGUUUUGAAUGAUCAGACUUUCGCCAUUAUGGUUCUCAUGGCUCUCAUCACUACCUUCAUGACCACUCCUCUUGUGAUGGCUGCUUAUAAGAGGAAGGCAAGAAAGUCUGAUUACAAAUACAGAACAAUUGAAAGGAAAAAUGCAGAAAGCCAACUGAGGAUUCUUGCCUGUUUCCAUGGCUCAAGGAAUAUUCCGUCUGUGAUAAAUUUGAUCGAGACUUCAAGAGGAAUCAAGAAGCAUGACGCUCUUUGCGUGUAUGCAAUGCACCUUAAAGAAUUUUCCGAGAGGUCCUCAUCGAUACUAAUGGUACAAAAGGCAAGAGAAAACGGGUUGCCAUUUUGGAACGACGGUCACCACGGAGAUUCUGUCCAUGUAACUGUGGCGUUCGAGGCUUACCAUAAACUAAGCCAAGUGCGUGUCCGGCCAAUGGUAGCAAUUUCAUCAAUGGCAAACAUUCAUGAAGACAUUUGUGCUACUGCUGAUAGAAAGAGAGCAGCAGUCAUCAUUCUCCCAUUUCAUAAGCAACUAAGCUUAGAGGGUUCCCUUGACAUUAUAAGAAAUGAUUUUCGAUAUGUUAACAAAAGGGUACUCGAGCGUGCACCGUGCUCAGUUGGAAUCUUUGUUGAUCGCGGGCUUGGUGGUUCAUGUCAUGUUUCUGCAAGUAAUGUUUCGUAUUGCAUUACUGUGCUUUUCUUUGGUGGUGGUGAUGACCGCGAAGCUCUUGCUUAUGGAGCCCGUAUGGCUGAGCAUCCUGGCAUAAGAUUAGUGGUUAUUCGCUUCUUAGUGGAACCUAAUAUUGUAGGAGAGAUUACGAGAGUUGAUGUUGGAGAAUCUUCGAGCACUAAUUCAAACUCAGUUGACCAGGAGUUCCUUGAGGAAUUUAAGCUGAAAACAGCCAGUGAUGACUCCGUUACCUAUGAAGAAAAAAUAGUAAAAGAUGCUGCAGAAACAGUUGCUACUAUCCGUGAGGUUAAUUACUGCAACCUAUUUCUGGUCGGUAUAAGGCCAGCCAGUGAAUUGGCCUGUGCUCUGGAAAGAAGUGAGUGCCCGGAACUAGGACCUGUUGGGGGCUUGUUGGCAUCACAAGAUUUCCCUACAACAGCAUCAGUUUUGGUAAUGCAACAGUAUCACAAUGGGAUGCCAACAAAUUUUGGCCCAGAAAUGGAAGAACAUUCACCUGAUGGAGGCACAGAAUCUGCAUAG